CUGAGACGAUCUCCCUCUCCCAAAAAUUGAGCGCUCGUUCCUUCAGCCGUGAGGGGGUUUAUCUAGGGUUCCUGACUGUCACUGGUAGACCUCGAACUAGCACCACAAUUAACCAUGGCGAAGCCUAGCCGAGGCCGUCGCUCGCCGUCCGGCUCGAUUUCCGGCUCCUCUUCGCGCUCCCGCUCUCGCUCCUACUCCGGCUCCGAUUCUCGCUCCAGCUCGCUUUCUCGCUCUCGCUCGCGCUCGCGAUCUCGCUCCAGGUCCUCCUCCUCCAGUUCCUCUCCGUCUCACAGCGUUAGCUCUGGCAGCCGAAGCCCCCCUCCGUCCCGGAAAAGUCCUGGUGAAACAGCUAGGCGGGGUCGCUCCCCACCACCUCAAUCUAAAAGGGCUUCUCCUUCUCCAAGGAAAGCUUCUCCUAUUCAUGAGUCACUUGUUCUUCACAUUGACGCUCUCACCAGGAAUGUGCACGAGGGCCAUCUGCGAGAAAUAUUUAGUAACUUUGGCGAGGUUGUCAAUGUAGAGCUUGCAAUGGAUCGUAUCGUCAAUCUUCCAAAAGGAUAUGGGUACGUUGAGUUCAAGACCAGAGCGGAUGCAGAGAAAGCACAAUUGCACAUGGAUGGCGCUCAAAUUGAUGGAAAUGUAGUUCGAGCAAGGUUCACAUUACCUCAAAGACAGAAGGUUUCACCACCUCCUAAGGCUGCCACCUCUGCUCCAAAGAGAGAUGCACCCAAAGCUGAUAAUCUCAGUGCUGAGAAGGAUGGGCCGAAACGACCGAGGGAGCCUUCCCCUCGCCGGAAACCUCUACCCUCGCCACGAAGGAGAUCCCCUGUUCCUCGUAGAGGUGGGUCACCGAGACGACUCCCUGAUUCUCCUCCACGCCGACGCGGUGACUCUCCUCCUCCUCGUCGUCGAGUAGGGUCUCCUCACCGCCGUGGUGAUACACCACCUAGAAGAAGGGUUGCAUCUCCUGGAAGGGGUCGUUCUACAUCCCCUCUGCCAAGGCGGAGAUCACCUCCUCCUAGGGGAUCCCCACCUAGAAGGAUGCGUGGCAGCCCUGUUCGUAGACGCUCUCCCCUUCCUCCAAGGCGGCGUUCCCCUCCAAGACGGGCCCGCAGUCCUCCUAGAAGAUCUCCACUUCGUAGACGUAGCCGCUCUCCAAUUCGUAGGCCUCUUCGGUCACGCUCUAGAUCACUUUCACCAAGAAGAGGUCGAGGACCAGCUGGAAGGCGUGGGAGGUCGUCAUCUUCUGAAUCACCUAGUCCACGAAAGCUUAACCGGAGAAUAUCUCGUAGUCCAAGAAGGCCUUUGAGAGGAAGAAGCAGUAGCAACAGCUCUAGCAGCAGUUCCCCACCAAGGAAGCCUUAGGAACUGACUCAUCCUCAGUCCCGCCGUCCUGCUUUCUCAGUAUUAUCAGCCAUGAAUGGUGUAAUGUGAAAUUUACUUGUGAGAGGCUGCAUAGUCUUAGUUGAUUCUCUAAUUUAGUUGUUUCUGUAUGAGAAGCUAUAUUACAUUCAGCUUAAGAGUCUUUUGUUGCUUCAUCGGCUUACCUCAAACCAUUUCCUUGGUCGUUAUUGUUCCUUUUCAGAACUCAAUUUGGAGUAAAAUGCGUUUUGAGUUGUAGCUAAUAUGAUGUGAGAAUUGUGCAUAGACACGAGUUUCUAUGGUAACUCAAAAACUUAAUUUUUUUUUUCAUCUU